UCAGGAAGGACGCGCAGCAGUUGCCAUACAGCCAAAGAAGUCAACCAAACAUUUAGACAGCCAAUUACUUGGCUUUCAGUGUGUCUUAACUUUUAAAUCAAACUAUUUUUUUUCUAUUUUUUUUCGCUGUAACUGUUAGCCAAGUUAGCCAAGUGUUGUAAUCAGAACUCAAGUAAUUAGGCAACAGCUAACCACAGCUGAGACGUUAACAGAAGCCGGCGCUGUAAACUUUACAGCGCUCGUUACAUAAAUGCUACAGGCAGCGACUGCUCUAAGCACUUGAAUUGACUCGUUAACUUAAGAAAGGCCCGCCAGCAGCAUCUUGGUGGGACGGUCUAAUUGGCUAAUUGGCAACGCUAAUAAAGCGUUGCAUGCCACAUUGCGCGGCAAGCGAAUGCCAUGCAUCAAAUCGCAGUUUGAGAUACGCGAAAACGAAAGACAAUUUGUCUCUCUGGCCCGAUUUACUACUUUGACUUUAAGCUGUUCUUGCCUCUAUUUUUUUUUCGUCUUGCUGCGCUAUUGUGUGUAAUUUUAUUAGACUUUCGUGCUCAUUACUUGAAAAGAAACUCUACUAACAUCAAAAGCGAGUACCAAGUGGCUGAACUAGUUGUUGCUUCGUCGCAAAAAAAAAAAGAAAAAAACGAACAAGAACAAAGUGCAUUCUAUUUGAUUAUUAAAGUCAACAAGUUGCUGCAAAGUCUCAUAGACAACAAACCAGUGCAGCGAUUCGCUAUGAUGGCCACCUCACAGGAUUAUUUUGGCAAUCCGUAUGCGCUAUUUCGCGGUCCGCCCCUUACCAUGCGGCCGCGCAGUUCGCCGCUGGGCGUGGCUGGGCACACGCAUGCCGCCUACGCGGCGCUCGAUCUGCAGUCGCCGCACAAGCGUCACAUCGAGUCGGAUGUGCGGUCACAGCCGCCGCCGCCGCCGUUGCCGCCGCCGCCGCUGUCGCUGCCGCCGCUGCCAGCCGCAUCGCCGAGGUAAGCCCGGGUCGAGUGUGCAGCCGGUAGAGCGCUAGAAGCGAGCACAGAAUUGAAAGUAUAUCGAAUCCUAUAUCGAUCCAAAAUGCAUAUCAUCAGCAACACAUCAACACUUCUUCUAUGCUAAGUCUUCAAUCAACACAAGCGCCUCAACCGACACCCAAAUGAAAGCAAACCCAAUUGAAAUCAAGUUUGAGUUUUUGUUGUUUGUCAAAUCAAGUUAAAGUAAAUAGCCCUUAAAUACUUACGGCCAACAAAAAAAAAA